AUGAAGAAUAAGCCUGAGAGAGUAGCCAAGUGGAAGCAACUCAAGGGCAAGCCUGCUCCUGAUGUCAACCCAUGGACCGAUGCUGAGGAAGAGGCACUCGUUAAAUUGAAGAGGAAGAUCGAUGGCGAUAUUGCACUUGAUGAUACAGCGUUUGCCCGACGGAGAGAUCAUGAGGUAGACACAGCCAAGAGCCUCAUCCGAGGGCUAUCCAAAGAAGAAAAGGAAGCGUUUCUGAAGACUAUCCAAGAGGACGAUGGCGACAGCGACGACUCGGAUGGCGACAGCGACGACUCGGAUGGCGGCAAUUGA